CAAGGAAUCUUUUCUAUAUAUACAAGCAUUUUCACUGCAGCAAGCUUAUCCAUCAAUGGAGUCUAAAAUCAUGGCAGCUCCGAAGCCAAACGAGGAAGAAAUAGCCGCCGUCGAGGAUCUUCGGAAGUGCAUUUUUCAAUUCACUGAAUUGGCCAUCGUUCGAUGUGUCAUCGAGCUCGGCAUUCCCGACUUCAUCGAGACCCGUCCCAACGGCACGGUGACGUUGGCCGAGCUUUCCUCGGCCUCCGGGUGCUCCCCCGACUUCCUCCACCGUAUUAUGCGGUUCUUGACCCAUCGCGGCAUUUUCAAAGUCGUCGGAAUCGAUGGUGGAGAUUCAUCGAUCGUUUACGCCCACACGCCGUUCUCCCGUCUACUCACCAAGGAUCGAAUGGCGCCAUUGGUUCUAUUCUUUAGUAGCCCCGAGCUCGUAAACUCCAAGCUGAGCUUCUCGAAAGUCCUCGCGUCGAAUAAGACCGAAACAAACGCCUUCAAGGCUGUGCACGGCGUCGAUUUUGGGACGUAUAUGGUCGCGAAUCCUUCAUUCAACGAGUUGGUCGCUAAGAGCAUGUCGUGCCUAGGCGGUUCGAACAUAUCGUCGGUGAUCGAACACUACCCGGCCGCGUUCGAGGGGAUCGGUUGUUUGGUUGACGUCGGGGGUAGUGAUGGAACCGCGCUCCGUAAGUUGGUGAAAGCGUACCCGUCGAUUGUCCGAGCCAUUAACUUCGAUCUUCCCCAAGUCGUGGCCUUGUCGCCCGGAGGCGAUGACCGGAUCGAGCGCAUCGGUGGCGACAUGUUCGUCGAAGUUCCGCGUGGCGACGCUAUUUUGCUUAUGUCGGUUCUUCAUGAUUGGAGCGACGAAGUGUGUGUGAAGAUCUUGAAGAAUUGCAAAAAGUCGAUCCCAAAGGAGACCGGAAAAGUGAUAAUUGUGGAAAUUGUGGUCGACCACGGCAACCUUAAAAACACCUUCGAAGGAUUUCAUUUGGGAUUAGACAUGGAAAUGUUGGCACUAUCUUUCAAUGGGAAAGAAAGAAAUGCAAAGCAAUGGGGCGAUCUUCUAAAAUCUGCCGGCUUCUCCAAACACACCAUCAAAUAUAUUCCGGCACCAGUUUCUGUCAUCGAAGCCUAUCCCUAGUUAAUUUGUAUUACUCCAACUUUUUCAUUCAUGAAUAAAACCGCAAUAUAAAAUAUUAAAAAAAAAACAAAAAAAAGUUUGUUUUCUAAGUUUAUUGUUAUAAAUUUAAGUAAGACUUUAAAUUAUUUGUGUUCA